UGACGCGCCCGGGGACCCACGGCCCCGCCCCGCGGCCGGGCUGGGCGGGCGGCGACCGCGGCUGAGGUACAGGUGCCUCGCGGUGCAAGCCGGGUCGCCUUCCAGCCCGUCCGCCUCCCGACCAGGGCCCGCGCCCCGUCCCGCCUCUCUCCCGCCCAGCCAAAUGCAGGCCGCCGCCCUCCCUGAGGAGAUCCGUUGGCUCCUGGAAGAUGCUGAGGAGUUUCUGGCAGAAGGUUUGCGGAAUGAGAACCUCAGUGCUGUUGCAAGGGAUCACAGAGACCAUAUUCUACGGGGCUUUCAGCAAAUCAAAGCCAGGUACUAUUGGGAUUUUCAGCCCCAAGGGGGAGACAUUGGACAGGACAGCUCUGAUGAUAAUCACAGCGGGACUCUUGGCCUGUCCCUCACAUCCGAUGCACCCUUUUUGUCAGAUUAUCAGGAUGAGGGAAUGGAAGACAUCGUAAAAGGAGCUCAAGAACUUGAUAACGUAAUCAAGCAAGGAUACUUGGAGAAGAAAAGCAAAGAUCAUAGUUUCUUUGGAUCGGAGUGGCAGAAGCGAUGGUGUGUUGUUAGCAGAGGUCUCUUCUACUACUAUGCUAAUGAGAAGAGCAAGCAGCCCAAAGGGACCUUCCUCAUUAAGGGCUACAGUGUACGGAUGGCCCCCCACCUGCGAAGAGAUUCCAAGAAAGAAUCCUGCUUUGAACUGACCUCCCAGGAUAGGCGCAGCUAUGAGUUUACAGCUACUAGUCCAGCAGAAGCCAGAGACUGGGUGGAUCAAAUAAGUUUCUUGUUAAAGGAUCUGAGCUCCUUAACCAUUCCAUAUGAAGAGGAUGAGGAGGAAGAAGAAAAAGAAGAGACAUAUGAUGAUAUUGAUGGUUUUGACUCCCCAAGUUGUGGUUCCCAGUGCAGACCCACUAUCUUGCCUGGGAGUGUGGGGAUAAAAGAGCCUACAGAGGAGAAAGAAGAAGAAGAUAUUUAUGAAGUCUUGCCAGAUGAAGAGCAUGAUCUAGAAGAGGAUGAGAGUGGCACUCGACGAAAAGGAGUAGACUAUGCCAGUUACUACCAGGGCCUAUGGGAUUGCCAUGGUGACCAGCCAGAUGAACUGUCCUUCCAACGGGGUGACCUCAUCCGUAUUCUGAGCAAGAAUUAAUCUCACAGAAGCAAACUCGGCAGCAUUGAGGCUGCGGUUUUAGCGUGGCGGUCGCUCUGCCUGAACAUGAAAUAGGAGCUAAUAUAAAAAUCCAUCUGCUGUGUUUGAAAUACACGCCGGCUGCUGCUCAGUCCUGUCUGACAUUCCAAACAUCAACAGCGGGGAAAAGUGAUUUGGGAGUUAGUGGCCAUCAGUACUUGGCAGGGGUUCAACAACAGGUGUACUCCAAAAAUCCAUUCGGCCUGGGCACCAGGCAUGACAGGGCAGGUGCCGAAUCACCCGCCAUGUGAUAGUGUGGUGCCCUGGCUUAGUUCCUUUUAUCUGCAGAUUGCAAGGCCCUUUUGUGGACCAGCACCACUGUGGUCACUUGUUUUUGUUUCUGUUUUUCUUGAGACGGAGUCUCUCUCUGUUGCCCUGGAAUGCAGCGGCGUGGUCUCGGCUCACUGCAACCUCUGCCUCCCGGGUUCAAGCGAUUCUCCUGCCUCAGCCUCCUGAGUAACUGGGACUACAGGCAAGUGCCAUGGCACCCAGCUAAUUUUUGUAUUUUUAGUAGAGACGGGAUUUUGCCAUAUUGGCCAGGCUGGUCUCGAACUCCUGGCCUCAGGUGAUCCAUCUGCCUCGGCCUUCCAAAGUGCUGGAAUUACAGGUGUGAGCCACUGUGCUUGGCCUAUGGUCACUUGUUAUAAGUGGGAGAAAAAGAGGUAAGAAGCCUCUAUUUGGAUAAGACAAGUCACAAGUCCUAGCUUUCAGAAAAGUGACCCUGUCUUCUUGGCUCCAGUGUCUCUCACUAGGGAACAUUCUUUCCAAAUAAUAAUAAUGCUUGUUGGCAGGGCGUGGUGGCUCACCCAGCACUUUGGGAGGCCGAGGCAGGUGGAUUGCCUGAGGUCAGGAGUUGGAGACCAGCCUGGCCAACAUGGCAAAACCCCAUCUCUACUAAAAAUACAAAAAUUAGCCAGGCAUGGUGGUGCGUGCCUGUAGUCCCAGCUACUAGGGAAGCUGAGGCAGGAGACUCGCUUGAACCCGGGAGGCAGUGGUUGCAGUGAGCCAAGAUCAUGCCAUUGCACUCCAAUCUGGAUGACAGAGCGAGACUCCAUCUCAAGAGAAAAUAAAAAUCAUCAUCAUCAUCAUCGUCAUCAUGCUUGUUCCACUAUUCAAGAUAACUUUUUUUUUUUUUUUUUGAGACAGAGUCUUGCUCUGUCACCCAGACUGCGAGACUGGAGUACAGUGGCACAAUCUUGGCUCACUGCAACCUCUGCCUCCCGAGUUCGAGUGAUUCUCCUGCCUCAACCUCCCUAGUAGCUGGGAUUACAGGCUCAAGCCACCACACCUGGCUAAUUUUUUGUAUUUUUAGUAGAGAUGGGGUUUCGCCAUGUUGGCCAGGCUGGUCUUGAACUCCUGGCCUCAAGUGAUCCGCCUGCCUUGGCCUCCCAAAGUGCUGGGAUUACAGGUGUGAGCCACCAUGCCCAGCCAAGAUAAGACUUAAACGCCCAUUUUUUAAAAAAGCAUCCUGUUCCAUAAGUUAUUUAUGGUGGUAACAUGAGCUGUUCAGAAGAUAAAGACAAAUUAAAGAGGGAAAGAGAAGCUCUUUUUCAAUUGACUAGGAAGGAGAAGAGGCCACUGGGUGAGAUCUUCCAUUUAAGGUAAACUGAGCCAGUGUACAUCUCUUGGGCUUGGGUUGUGUGCCUCAUAAAUUGGUCUGAGGCUCUUCCAAGGAAUUUUCCUGUGCCUUAUUUCCAUGGAAAGCAGCCUUGGAGCAACAAGUUGGGUACACAUAAGAUUUAUACUUACACGGUGGCUUAGCUAGGGUGGGAAGGUAUUCUCAUGGCCCAGACACACCAGGAUCUGGGUCAUCUUCCUUGCUGAUGGAAUUGAUGUGGAAACAGGGAGCCAUACAGACAAAGUCAAGUUUAGCGUGGAACACGUGAUGCUGUCAGAUGGUCAUGGGUCUUAUGUGGAGAAGAAUGGACUUUGUCACCCUGGACUGCAGCUACUUAAACUCAGAUGGGAUCCUGGCUCCACAGCCAGUCUAGUCAUCUGAAUGCGGCAGGCCUGCGCCAGCACACCUGGACUAUGUUAACACAACACUAUGUCAAUUAUAAUGGGAGUUUUAACCCGGUUUUCUCCACCUACUUCCUCAAUGGGCUACUUAAAAGAAUGGAGACCUUUCCCCUCCCUUGACCCCGUUCUUUCCAAAAGAGAUUUGUAUGUUGUAAAAAUUAUCUUAAUGCAGCAAUACUUCCUCUUUUAAGUGUGCUUAGUUGAAUGUGACAACAACCCUCAUAAAAACAGAUAAGUAAUUCCUUCAA